GAUAGAAAACCCGGGAAAACAAAGGGGAAAGCCCUCGAAGGGGGAUUUGAAAAAGCAAAAGCCCCAAAAUUGACCCUCUUCGUGAUAUCGCUCAAUUGGAAAUUUGGAAGGGUCAUGUCACAUGCCUCCCAUUUCAGACUCCCUAAGCUUUUAAAUUUUGGAGCCGGAUCAGCACGAGGGUUGGUGAAAUUCGGCACGAAUUUGCGCUGCAACUGUUCUUCCAGCAAUAUACACAUGGAGAACAAUCGCAACAGCGAUUCCAGAGGUGCUUUGAUUGUUCUUGAAGGUUUGGAUCGAAGCGGGAAGUCUUCACAAUCGAGUAGAAUGAUGUCUUACCUGGAGGGCCUUGGGGUUUCGGCCGAAUUGUGGCGGUUUCCAGACAGGAGUACUUGUGUUGGGCAAAUGAUAUCUUCAUACCUCGCCAAUAAAUCGGACUUAGAUGAUCACACGAUCCAUCUCCUUUUCAGUGCGAAUCGUUGGGAAAAGAGAUCAUUGAUGGAGACUAAGCUGAGGACUGGAACCACCCUCAUUGUUGACCGUUACUCCUAUUCUGGAGUGGCCUUUUCAUCUGCCAAAGGACUUGAUAUUGAAUGGUGUAAGGCACCGGAGAUGGGAUUGCUAGCUCCAGAUCUUGUAGUGUACCUCAACAUACCACCAGAGAAAGCAGCAGAAAGAGGAGGCUAUGGUGGCGAGAGAUACGAGCAGCUUGAGUUUCAGAGAAAAGUUGCUCAUCAUUAUCAGGUCCUUCGUGAUCCCUCAUGGAAGAUUAUUGAUGCUAGCCUACCCAUUGAAGAUGUUGAGAAACCGCUGAGGGACAUGGUAUUGGACUGUGUUAAGACAUGCCAGAAAGGGAAAACCCUCUUGAACCUGUGGUCAUAUGAACCUUCAAUUCCAUGAAAGGGAUGCUACAUGUGUACUUUGUGGAACUUGUUUUCAAUAACAGUUUCAGCCCUGGUUUAAGUUAAAAUGGAGCCUACAGUUAAAGUUACAAAUUGAGUUCACCAGAUUCUUGAAA